AUGCUCAUACAAUUACAGGGAUACGACGUAACGGUCACGUACAAGCUUGGUAAAGAGAUGUUCGUAGCAGAUACGUUGUCGCGAGCAUAUUUACAAGCUCAAAGCAAUCCUAUCCCCUCCACAAACGGUUGUGAAUCCAUCAGUCUGAUGCAGUCAGUUUUCGAACAGGAGUUAGAAUUUGUCAACCUCUCCCAUCAUCUACCCAUCUCCGAAGCGAGACGCAAGGAAAUUCAGGUGGCUACAGAACAAUAUGAAUGUCUGCAGGAGGUCAAGCAGCUCGUUAUGCGAAGAUGGCCACAAAGUAAGACGCAGGUACCGCAGACAGUGGCACCUUAUUUUCCUUGGCGCGACGAGAUCGGAGUGCAAAACGGCGUAUUAUUUCGCGGAAAGCAAAUUAUAGUCCCUGGUGCGAUCCGUCAGAAAAUUAUGACCGCGCUUAAUUCUUCUCACAUCAGCAUUAAUGGUACCCUACGACGAGCACGCGAGCUGUUCUACCGGCCCGGAAUAAAUGACCACGUUAAGACGUUCAUUCAACGAUGUGCUACGUGUCGUGAAGUAGAUCCAGCUUAG